AGUGCUGGUCGGGUCGCGGUACGACGCGGACGCGGCCGGCCGGAGCGUAUAGCGUCUGUCGUUCGCGGCGUCGCGGACGUCGGGCGUCGGGUGUCGCGAGCCGGGCGUGUCGGGCGCCCACGUGUCGGGUCCUCCCACGCGGUGGGGGGCGUCGCCGGUCGCGUGUUGUGCGCGUGCUGUCUCGUGCGGAGGUGUCGGCCGCGAGUGACAGGUGGAGUGCGUCGGACGGUGUGUCUGCUGGACGACCACUCUAGUGGUAACUGGUGUGACGUUGUGACUUAACAGCUCCUGUGCGUCGUUCAUGUCGAAGUUGCUGUUGCAUCGCCUCAAUUGUAAGUCUGUUGUGUAGGCGGCAGGAUGGCGUGAGCGACAGCACCAUGACGUCACAGCAGGAUGCGGGAUAAUGAGAUGGAGAUGGCUGCAGCAUUUCCGCUGCUGUUGCUGCUGCUGUCGCUCGCUGGUGGCGCCGUCAACCCCAGCUGCGAGUGCGUGCUGUUCACGAGCACGUUCGGCAAGGAGUUCGGGGUGUUCAGUAGCCCCGACUACCCUCGGCCCUACCCGGACGACAUCGACUGCCUCCUCUACAGCUUCGUGGGAGGGCCUCACGACAUCGUGCACCUCACCUUCGUCGACUUCGACGUGCAGAAGACGCAUCUCGACUGCUACCGGGGCGACCACGUGGAGGUGUUCCUGUCCCUGGGAGGAGGCGGUCCCCGGGCGGGCCUCAGCGAGCGCUCGUCGCCGUCGGGCGUGCUGUGCGGCGGCCUGCUCGACGUGCCGGCCGCGCUCUUCAGCCAGGGGCCGGCGCUGGCGCUCGCCAUGCACUCCGACCGCAGGCCAGGCAACCACUCCGGCUUCCUCGGCCGCUUCCGCUUCCUCGACAGGCGGCUGUUCAAGUCGUCGGGGCGGCCGCUGAGGGGAACGCGCUGCGACCAGCUGUUCGUCAGCAGCCGCUCCUCGCCGGCGCACGGCCGCUUCUACUCGCCCAACUUUCCGUCCAGCUACCCCACCAACACCACCUGCAAGUAUUCUUUCCGAGCGAGACCGUACGAACGUGUCAGAGUGGUGUUCGAAGAAGUGUCCUUACAGAGAGGUGAUCUCAGCUGCCUGGAGAGCCAGGACCGGCUGUCGGUGUUUGACGGUCCGAGCCCCUUGUCGGCGGCCAUCGCGGUGCUGUGCGACGAGGUCUCCCAGCUGGAGGUGCUGUCCACAGGCCGCAGCCUCUUCGUGGAGCUGGUGGCUCGCUCCCGGUGGCCCGGGCAGGGCUUCCGCGCCUCCUACCACUUCCAGAACGACUCCGACUACAACACCGUAGACGCAGAGUUGGACUACCUCCCAGCAGACAUGGAACCACCUGCUGUGAGCGCCGCCACGUCCAACUGCGACGUGACGCUGAGUAGCGACCUGGUGAAGAACGGCUCGGUGUCGUCCCCCGGCUACCCGGACCCCUACCCGCCGGGCAGCCACUGCCGCUACGACUUCCAGGGGCGCGGCAAGGAGCGCGUCCAAGUGGUCUUCAACGACUUCCUGUUGCACCAGCCGCCAGAGAGCCACAGAGACUGUGAGGGAGUGGACGCGCUGGUGGCGUACGUGCACAUCGAGGGCCGCAUGGAGAAGAUCGACAGCUUCUGCGGGGACGCGAUGCCCAAGCCGCUCAUGUCCAACGGCGCCCGGCUGCUGCUCGAGUUCCGCGGCCAGCACUCCUCCAGCCACGCCAGGGGCUUCAAGGCCACCUACAGCUUCACCGAGAACUUCGGGGUGCUCGGCGGUGGCGGGCGGCAGCUGUCGGAGUGGCCGUGCGGCUUCGCCUUCAACAGCAGCGAGGCGACCAGCGGCUACGUCACCAGCCCCAACUUCCCCGGGCUGUACCCCAGGGACACCGAGUGUCACUACUUCUUCCAUGGCGCCGGCACCCAGCGGGUGCGUCUGCGCUUCCACUACUUCGACGUCGAGGGCGUCCAACCGUGCGAAGCAUCUUCCGCCAGCGAUUACGUCGAGUUCUCCAACUUCAUGGCGCGAGACCGAAAGUACUCGAGAUACUGCGGCCAGCUGAAGGAGUUUGACAUCGAGUCUGACCGCAAAUUCUUCAGGCUGACCUUCCGCUCGAACGACCGGCUGGACGGCACGGGCUUCAACGCGACCUACUACUUCCUGGACGAGGAGGAGAGCUCGCCCGCCAAGCCGAGACCGACCAGCAGCUCCAGAGGAAAUGCAGUCUGCUGGGCCUUGGUACUCCUCAGCAUCUUCUCCCUGCUGUGCUGAUGUCAACUCUUGAAACAACGAGUGCAGAUGUAACACAGUGCUUAUAACUAAAAAGGUUUAUUUACUUUUCUCUCUCUGAUGCUCAUUUGCGAGCGCAUGGACAACCUUUUCGUAAGUGCUGAACAGAUGGACAAUCAACAAUGCUACAAUAGAUUAUAGCCUCUACUUAGAAAACACUGUACAUAAGAGUUAUUUGUAACUGUUCUUAAUACCGCAGGUACCACAUGCGUGGGAACAAAGUAAUGUUGAAAAUUACUAAAGUUUAUUUGUAGACAGACUUCGUUAUGUAAAUAGUUUAGCACAUGUUAAGGCAAAACUCAAAGUAAGAGUAGUUUGUUAAACGUGUGUGCCAAUUCAGAAAUAUAUGACCAAUAUGGAAGUGUUGAUUAUUUUAAUAGAAGCGAAGUUAUUGCUAAACGGAACUACAUUAUUUUAAAAGAUAUGUCACAUUUCAUUAUUACGAGGUCACUGCCACAGAUAGAAUAUUUUAAUCAUCUUAACUGCAUCCAAACUCAUACUACAUACUUUUAGUAUAUAAUCUUUCAUUAUAGUUUCUACAUGUAUUUAAAAUUGCAGCAAUAACAUCUGUUCUUCCAUUUCCCUGUAUUUAAGCUCACCACGAGUUUCUUUCAGACAGAACAGUGGUAUUUUUUCAAGCCAAAAAUAAAUUAUUUAGACUUGUUUCUACAUGGGUUACAUCUAGAAAAACAAACUACAAUUGUCAAUCCCCUUGAAACACAACACGUUGUCGUUACCUCGCACCAUGCACAGUAGCGUCAUUAGUAUAUGCUAAUAACUUUAUUGUACUUCUGAUGAUAGCUGCUUGUGGAAACUGUGUUGGACAGUUAUGAAGAGGAGCAAUUUGUAAUUAUUCAAAAAGUUGAAUUCUGUUGACAGCAUAAAGAAAUUGGCGUUGUACCUUAGCACGAACUCUACGGUGCCUGUACACGAAAGUAGAAUAUGAAUAACAUCUGUGAGUUUUGCACCUUAAGUGUGUUCGAUUAUAUCUAUCACUACACAACACAAUAAGUUAAUGUCCUCUCACAGAUAGAGCGUGUAUACUAACGAAAAUCUUUCAGCAUGAAAUUCUGAUGGUUAGACAAUGAGAGUCCCUUUCGCUCACAAUAUAAAUAAUAAUACGGCAAAAAUUAUAUUUAUAGUGUCUGAAACAAGUAACGUAGAAGUUAAACCGCGAGACAGCACUGAAUGCAGCAGUAUCUUAAUGAAGUGAACUUCUGUAUAUCCUCAUAACGUCGCCUUAGGUGUUGAUUCAGUGGAUCUCUCAUCUGAUGUUUACAACAGUUUGCGUCCAUAACGAUGUAUUUUGUUAUAUCAUCUGCACUGUGAACAGGAAUUACGGCAGCUCUGCGAUGGAACCAUCAGACAUAAAUUACAUGCAAUUAUGAAUAGUGAGAUUUCAAAAUCAGAAUAAUCAAAUUUUCAGUGUAACAUUGCUUCAUAAUUGCGAAACAAAAGCAUUUUUUGAAAACAUAGAUACUAUACUGUGAGAAGAUUUCCAUAUUCCAGUCUGUUCUUUGAUCAUAAACUAAUUUACUUACACUUACCGCUAAGUUGCCUAUGGCGUCAAUUGACACUGUUCUAGUCAUGUAUUCUUCUUGAUCAGUUGAGUAAACAUGUUCUGUAUGCACUGCAUUACUUGCAAAUCUUUUGCCAGCACUUGUUAUAAAAUAUGUGAAAACUUAGCAGGUUUCAGCAUUAUUACACAAUCGUAUUUGUGAAAAUGUUUUUGCUAUUUUUUGUGAAGUAUUGUUUCUUAAUAUGUGAAAUCUGAACACAAUAACUCACAUUACAAAAAAAAAGUGACAAACAGUAUCAUAAAUUCCAGACACUUUUUAAAGUGCUUCAAGUAACCAGCAGAAGGUCCAUACUGAUCCGCUAUUAAUGUCUAAAGGAAAUUAUUAUUCUUUAACACACUAUACGUUAUGCUUCAGAAGGAACAUGUUUCAAGUUGAUGUGCAGAACCAAACAUUUACCUAAAAUUCGAGUAACUUAAUGCUUGACUUUGCUGUAAUCAGUCACUGAGAAUCUCAAAAACUCUAAUUAUUAAUGUCAUUAUAUCUGCUAAUAUAUCACAACUAAACCAUUGUGUUAUAUACAACAAAGUAAAUUCAUUCGAUUUUUUCACAGAAUUUCUAACUAAAGAUGGAUAAAUUGCGAAUUUUUAAUUGUACCAAAAAGUUUGUGUUUGUCCAAACACUGUUCUAGCUCGAUAGGUUGCAAAGAGAUUGAAAAUUCACAUAAAGAUUCUCUUUAGUUAGUACUGCUACAGAGUUGUGAUGCAUAUGUGUUAAGUCUACUAUAGCUGUUCCUGUAAGUCUGCCUUGUGUAACUGAUUAACAAUAGUUGCAGCUAUGCAUAUGUAUUUAUAUAUUGUAUUUCAUAAUCCUUUAUAAGAAUUUUCGUUUUAUAAACAUUAAUAAUCCUGUACUGUAGUUUCUUUUCCUAUGAACAUGUUACUUAUAUUUUACACAAAUUCGAUUUAAACUGCCAUCGCUUAAAUUUGCAUAAAGUUUACAAGCAUUAUGAAAUCAGUUCCCUGAAACGAAAACAUCUGUCCUAUUUUCUAAUAUCCAAACCUUUGAAGUUUCAUAUUUCUAAACAGAUUUUAUACUGUGAUCCCUUGACAUAAUUUCAUAAUAAAUUUUGUUAUGUCUCAUUUUUGAAAAUGAAUUUUAUACUUAUACUGGUACUGUCAGUUCACUAAUUAGAUAUGAACCUGCUUGCAGCAGAAUAUAUUAAUAAAAGUGUUUCUAAUAUUUGUGUACUUAUUUGUCGAGCGUUUGGGGAAUAAGAUAUGAAAGAGGAAGCCAUUUAUGACAAUUUUUGUCGAAUAACUAUAAUUUAACGGUGAACUUCCAGAUAAAUCUUGUGAUUUGAUCUAUGAUUUUUAUCUUCAUGGUAUUCACGAGCUUAAUAUCUCUCUUAAAAUUGUAUAUACUAACACAUUUGCAGUUCUGAAGGUAGGAUUUCUUAAAAGUAUUUAAGUAAAUGACACCUGACAGCUUUAAACAGCACUCACUACAGCAGUGGGCAUACCAACAGCACACAAAUAUUGUACACUGUGUAAAACAUGUGAGUUAGAACCCCAAAAGAUAUUGAGCGAGGUUAAUGCAUUGUAAAAAUAAAUCGAAAAGUAUGAGUGCCCAACUCACACUUAUAUUGUUUAUGAGCACUUUUAGUUGUAAUGUUGUACAAUCUGUAAAUCUCAUAAAAGAAUAUUUGUAACCCAAAUUACUGAGAAACAUAUCAUAAUGUUUAAUAACGAAAAUAAAUGGUUGUUUGAUUGAAAAUUUUA